GACAGAUUGACAGCUAUUAACAACACUUCGGAGCUUUUGUUUUAUAUCUCUUGUGAAUGUUUGGAAAAUGAUUUUCACAAAAAUGUCUUUAUAACGCGAUUGAAAUAUAAAAUGUAUAUAUGAAAGACUACAUUUUUGGAAUUUAGCUAGAAAGUAUGAUGAUUUUAUGGACAUUUUGAUGAUGUGCUAUAUAUAUGUAGGAAUAGGUACCAAGUCACAACAAUGGAAGAACAAUUGGAGUUUCAGAUUAUUUUGAGAGGAAUCAUGGAAAAAUUUUCUUACGGCCAGUAAGACAUUUUUUCUUCAGUCCAUAGUGGCAGUCAACAUGUUAACAUUCAGCUCAGUGGAAAUGAACUGUCUAAGCUGCUUAGCUCAAGUAGGACUAUGCUGAAAAGUGUUCAUCUUCAUGAGAACUUUACUUCAGAUUCUGAAUCAGAUGGGAAUCUUUUAGAUGAAGAUUACAUGAAAAACCAGCCACCACCAUAUGAUUAUAGUAUCAUCAAGGACCAUGUGGUAAAAAUAGGUCCAGAAUUGAAAAAUUCCAAGAAAAAACGCAAAAAGAAAAGUAAAAAAAGUGAAGAAGACUUGUCUAGUUUACUAGAAAGUGGUAUAUCUGAAAUAUGUCCUAAAUCUGACAUCUCACAAUCAUUAGCUGAAGCCAGUAACUUACACAGCAGUGAUAAUAACCCAUUCAGUAUUUUAGGAGCCAACAUUAAUGGUGGUGAAGAAGUUCAAGCAAAAUUAUCUGUAUUCGAUGCUAAUAACUCCGAGACUAUGGAUACUAUGUACGUGAGAGAUCCUUUGAAUUUUGCAUUUAAUUUUGUUUUUGAUGAUGACUCUUGGGACACUGUUAUGAAUAGAAAAUCUAAAAAAAUAAAAAGUCUUACAAAUGAAAGCACUAAAAAAUUGCCUUCAUUAGUGGCAGAACAAAUUGAGUCCCAGUUAAAUUCUAACUGUACUAAUGGUAUCAACACAUUACUUCAACCAACAUCAGUUGAAGUAGUACAUAAUUCAGUAAUUAAAAACACAAUUCUUGAACCAUUUAAAGAAAGCAUUGAAGGCAAAAAGAAAGCCAAAAAGAAGAAGAGAACAAAAAAGAAAACUUCUGAAAGUUUUGUCUCUACUGAAGUAUCAAAUACAUCUGAAAGUAUUAUAACUGAAGUAGAUUAUAGAAAAUCUGAGAAUCAACAACUGUGUAAUAAAAUUGAUUCUCUAUUUUAUCCCAUCUUUGUAACUAAUCCCAAGGCAAUUGAAAAGGAACCACAAAAGGGAUUGCCUACAAAUGAUCAAAGAAGUUUAGAUAAAUCCAUUUCUUUUGGUGCUGGUGCUAAACAAAUCAGGAAAACUUCUCAAAACAAUAUAGCCCUUGUGCAUAGCAAAAAUAAUAUCCAAAACACUAUGAAAGUUCCACAUGCCUCAAGUAAUCAGACAAAACAAGAAAUAAGCAAACCAAGUACAAACAAAACUGAAUUGCAAAAAGUUGAGCAAAGCAAAACUAUGCAAUAUUCUACAAAAACAUUUUCUGUCUCAAGUAGCCAGAAGCCACCAGAAAAAAGUAAAUCAAGUAUGCAAACACUUGAAAGUAGCAAAAAAGUUCCUCAAAAAGAGUAUGUACUGACAAAUUUGGGCAAUGUUGAAGAUAAAUGUAUAUUUAGUGAAUCUGAUUUUCCACCUAUAUGUAAGUCAAAAGAAAAGCUCACUCUCAUAAAUUUCAAUAACAGGGUAUUGAAUGUUUCAUCCUUAAUGCCAAAUGUUGCUUCUAUGCCAUUACAAAAUAAUCUAGUUUGUGACACUUUAUCAAAAGCAGCAGAAUCAAGCAAUAAGGCAUUUAUCAAAGAUCCAAUUACAAAUAAUGUUACUAGUGAUAUAGACAAACUUGAAAAUGAUAUAAUUCGAUUUUUUCAAGGUAAUGCUCCCUUUGAGUACACUACCAACAUAUCUGCCACGUCUCAUGAAAUUUUUGGAGAUGGAAGAUUCAAAAAUGUUUCCUCAAUGACUAAUGUUGAACAGACAGUGCAGAGGGGAAUUGAUAAACCACUUACAAUAAAAUCUGAUCAGGCACAGGACACAUUACUUAAUGCUAUAGCAAAGACUGCCACCAAGCCAUCAGAGCAACAUGGUGUAAGUAAGAAAUUGAGGCAUAUAUCAGAAAUAUUGGCUUCACACACUGACCUAAUAAAGAGUCAUGAAAAUAUAUCACAUAUGGGCAUUAUGAUUCCUGGAGAAUUAUUUCAAUUCAUACAGAAGGAUCAUAAGUGUCACAGUCUUUUACUAGAGUUUCUUAAAGCUGGUGGUGGAUUGCAAGAACGAACGUCGUUGUUUUUUUAUAAACAAUCUCAAGGGAAAAAUGAAGCCACAUAUCCAAAGGAGACCUUAAAAAAUAAUGUAUCUGAUCAUGUUACAAUGUUGGAUACCUGCAAAAAAGAGAUUGCUAAUCACAGUAAAGACAUACAUCAAUCUUUGGAUGGUAUUGCAAUAACUGCAACAACUGAACAUACAAAGAAUAUAAAUGAUUGUAGCAAAGGGCAGGAAUGCAAAAUGAUUAGCACAAAUGAAAGUAAUACUGUUAUGAUUGAUGUGGCAUUGUUCAAUAAUGAUCAAUAUUCAACCAUUUCAUCAGAUUCUUCUCUGGAAAAUAAUGUAUAUGAUACAUACAUACACACUUCUGCUACAAAUGUAAAGAUUGGGAAACUUGCAUCAAAUAAAAAUGAUGACAACUGUUUUGAUGUGAUGCUUAAUAAUUAUCAAUCAUCAUUCAAUUUGGACAAUGGUUCAUUUGUAACUACCACUGAUAUUGCUCCUGCUUUGGAAAAUUUUGUUCUGGCAAGCAAUUUACAAAACAUCCCUAUCUCAAAACAGCAGCAUGAAAAUCUUGUAUUAAAGGAGUGUGAUGCUUGCUUUGAUGUGAUGCCUAAUAAUGAUCAAUACUCAUCCAAAUUAUCGAGAACUAAUGGUUCAUGCGUAACUGCCGCUGAUAUUGUUUCUUCCUCAGAAAAUAAUGAUAAGACAAAAAAUUUACAAAAUUUGAACCACUCUAGCACAGAAGUUCAGUUCAAAAAACCUGCAUCAAGUGAGAAUUAUAGAUGCUCAGAUGUUAUGUCCAGACCAAAUAGUGCCCAAUCUUUGGUCAUUUCUGAACCACAUUCACCCAACAAGCGUGAAACUAUUUGUGACAAUAUACAAUACUCUCCCGGUUCUAGUAUAGUGAGAAACAAUGCUUAUCCUAACGUCCAAUCAAUAAUAGUAGACAAUUUGAUGCAGGUUGUUUUAGAUUGUUUAGUACAACUGAUUCAGGAAAUUAUAUAAAAAGUGUAUCUGAGAAAAACUACUCUCUACAGGUCUUUGGGAAAGCAAAAAGCAAGUUUAUAAAUACUUUGCAAUUUUUAUACUUUUAAUUGUUGUUAAUACUAUUGUUCUUAAAAAAAAUGUUCAACAAAGUAGGUAUAAUAUACCUAUAAAUAUAUUAUAUUUGAACAAUUUAUCUCUGCAAGGAUAAAGCAGAACAGUAUUUUGGUUAACUGAAUUUCUUAUCAUAUGAAAAUGAUUUCUUAUUAUGAUAAUAAGUAUCAUAGCUACUUAUGGAUUUUUAUACUGGAAUAAUUUCAGCUUUUGGAGUUUAGAUAUUUUUUACAAAUUUUGCAUUAUGGUUAUUGAUGUCAUUCAAAUAAAUGUUAUAUUUUGAUGUUCUUUGAUAUUUAAAUCACUCCUUCCCAUAGUAAUUUUCUCUAUUUGAGAAAUCUUUGAAUUCCUAAGAUGUAAUAGCGGCCCAUACAUGGACGAAUUAUCCGUAUAGUUCAGAUACGUAGAGAUUUGGUUCGACAGAUCCGGAUU